CCCUUAUUUCCCCCCCAAAGAACUAGGUGCGCCCUAUGGUCCGGUGCGCCUUAUGGCGCGAAAAAUAUGGUACUUUGGGUGGUGGGACUUCAGAGGUGUUUGCCUAUGCUAAUCUUAUACCUGGGUCUUGCCCUGACAUGUCUGCUUAUGCUAAUCUUGUUCCAAGGACUUGUCUCGACAUGUUUGCCAAGGUUAAACCAGUGUAACCCCUGUCUAACCCCCCAUCCCCUUUUGUGACAUGUCAGUGAUGUAGCAAUGAUGUAUCAAUGAUGCUGUACAAACUGUAUUCUGGGAUAUGGUGGGAAAGUUUUAAAAGUCAUUGUCACCACAUCCUCGGGGUUCAAAAUUCCUCUUUGAACCUGUUGCACAAUAAACUUUGGUCUACAGCUAUUUGCUCCGGUUGGUGGCUGGACUCCUUCCUUUAUUCCGCAGGGACCUGCGGGCUCUGCCCGACAAGCUGGUGACUGAGCAGCCUCGCACCUAGAUUUUUCCAUAACAGGUUCCUCCAGCCUAUCAGGAGAGGUAUGUUCACCUGCAAAGAGGGAGACUUGCUCUGGAGACCCUCUCUUGAAGGUAGAGGGUCUCUUGCUCUGGCUGCCCUGCUAGCAGUGAGGGCAUAAAGGAGCCAUUCUGGGGGAUUGCCAGGGAUGGAAGGCAAAAGGCUUUAGUUCCACCAGUAGGCACAGAAAGCCUUGAAGCUGGGGUCGUUGUUUUGCUUCCCUUUGGAAGGAAUGGGACUUCUUGCUGAGAUAGCCCCCCCUUUCUCUCCUUUCGCACCCAGGGGGGAAAGGAUUUAAAAGGGGGUGGAGUGGGGAUGGAGUGAUGUUAAGAAAUCUGAGCAAGACAAACUUUGGUCAAGCUAAGGCAAGGCACUGUGGGAGAACCAAAGACUAGAGAAUUAUGGGAAAUGUGUAUCUGUUUCUUUAACCGUAGACUUCUUGGCUCUGAAAGUGUGAAUAAGUUAUCUCCUCCAUCUGCAGGAAGGAGGCUUUUUAGUUGAUUUGUGUGCCUUAACACCUGGUUAUCUAAGAUGUUGUUUCUAUGUGAAUAGAGCCAUCAAACUCCUCUAACAAGCUGAGUUAUCGCCCUUCUGUGUAAUCAUUGGCGAUUCUUAAUUAAUCAGAAGAACUGAUUGGUCCUUGAGUUCGAAUACCCGUGGGGUCCCAAGGGAUAAAAUCUUAGGGAACUGAGUUUGCAACUUGCAGCUGCCCAUCAUGCCAGGCUAACCAUCUUGCCAGCAGCCGCCAUCAUCACAAAGAAUGCGGAAUCAGCCAAUAACCUUACGAACUAUUCUAAGUCUCCUUUGUUCUCGUUGUGAGUAUGUUUUAGUUAGUGAUGUUAAACAAUGUUUUUAUUUUGCUGUAUGAAACUUGUAAGAGAUGUGCCAACUUUUAAGUUUGAAUAAUAUUGUUUUUUAAAUAAAUUUUGGGGAAAGGAUUUUUUCCUGGUUUUGUCUUUUGUGCCUUCUGCUGGGUAAGUCUAACGCCUGACCACUUAGUCACCUACCAAACCGGUUGAAUUUCUGCCUGUGUCACGAAAAGUGUUACAGGGUGGGGCAGGCCAGUAAUGCUGAAGAGUAAUCCCCUUCCUUAGGUUAUUCUUCUGGGCUGUCCUAAGAUAAGGAAGUGGUGGCAGCAUCUACUGGUUCUGUUGUGUUCGGUUCUGAAAAAACCGCUUCUGCACACCCCUCUCUCUCUUGCCAGACUUGGAGGGCAGGUGGGAGAGGUGGGGGCGUGUGGAAGAAUGCUACAGGGGGGCUCUGAGCAAAUUGACAUUUCAACUAAUUAACCAAUGAAGGCCGAGGAAAAGAAACCAGUGGAGUGCUGUCCCCAAAUGCCCCCAAAUCUGAGGAAAUCAGUGGAGUUGGAGAAAGCACACAGUGAGUGGAUACUGAGUCUAUGCAGCUAACUGAAGAUGGAUCCAAAACUCCUGCCCAGUUCAUCAUCUCCCAUAGACCAGGUGAGUGUGACGGUGGAAAAAUGGCCUUGUGGGCCAAAGUUAAACAGACCGCUGGGAGGUUUACUUUGACCCACAAAUUGGAGGAUCCCUGUUUGGUUGCCUGGGAUUUGCAGCCAUUUGUGUCAUAAUGCCUGGGUUCCAGUGUCCAUGGAGACGCCAGAGAAUUCCAGUGCAAUGCUUCAGAAGCAAAGCAGUUAAGGCAGUUGAGACGAAGCAGAUUCAGCUGAAGCAGCUUCAGAAGCAGGUUCAGGAGAAGCGGGUUCAGCAGAAGCAGGUACAGGAGAGCUAGGAGGAUGGUAUGCAUCAUAAAUACAUCACCCCAGACCUAAAAGGGAAAAAAGGAAGAUUCAUUUUCGCUAAAGGGACACUAGAUGGCAAAAUUAAACAAUCGGCUCCAUAUAUGCCCCAAACACGAAACAACUAGAAUUCUUCUAGAAGACACUAAACUAGUUCCUCUCCUUCUCUGAAGGGGAAGCAAUCCUAGGAGGUGACCUCAACCUAAAUAUGAGAGGCAUAUCCCUGAAAAACAUCCACCUUACAACCCCAUGGGCAACCUUCCUCCGAAGGAAACCCCCAACAACUAGGGACUCUUACAAGUUACUAAAAAUGUUAAAAAACUGGUCUUUGCGACAUUUGGGGUGAGCAAAACCCGUGAGACACCAGCUAUACAUUCCAAUCCGGACGCCAUGGUACAGUGUCCAGACUGGACAGCAUUCUGCUCACACAGGGUCUGAUCCCCUCAGUGGAAUCAACAAACAUAAGUAACAUUAAAAUCACAGAUCACGCCCCAGUAGAAGUCACUGUUAAAAUAGGAGAGGGAACACAAACCACCCCAUCAUGGUCCUUCAGUCCCAUCCUAACCACAAACAAACAAAUUAGAGUAUCACAAAAACUCUCCAAAACUCCUUCAAGGAAAAUAAUGUAGACAAUAUAACAACGCCCCUCCUAUUGGACACAAUGAAAGCGGUCACCAGAGGAGCUUGCAUAAAAGAGAAAGUUUUCCUUAAAAAACAAACCACCUCAAAAAUUAGCAAAAUAGAACAAGACAUCACUGCCCUCUCAUCACGCUACAAGUAAACAGGAGCUAAAAAACUCCUUCAACUUAUAGAACAAAAAAGAGAGACCUAGACUCCCCAGAAAUCAACAAAACAAUGAUCAGCAUUAUAUGCUUCUAUGAAUACAGAGGGGGAAACUCCAGACUACAGUGGUACCUUUGGAUGCGAACAGGAUCCGUUCCGGAGCCCCGUUCGCAUCCUGAAGCGAACGCAACCUGCGUCUGCGCGUGUUCAUGCCGCGAUUUGCUGCUUCCGUGCAUGCGCGUGACAUCAUUUUGAGCGUCUGCGCGAGCGGCGAAUCCUGGAAGUAACGUGCUCCGUUACUUCCAGGUCGCCGCAGAGCACAACCCGAAAAUAUUCAUUCUGAAGCUACUUCAACCCGAGGUAUGACAGUACUAGAUGUAGGAAGAAAGCACUCAAAACAAGAAUACACUGCAUCACCAAAAAAGACGGCAACAUAACAUUCUCCCCCAAAGAAAUAACCUCAGAAUUUGCAGAAUUUUGCUCCAACCUAUACACCUCUCAUAACCUACCUGAAGAGGAAAUCAGAAAAUUUCUAGCAGGACUGACCAUGCCUAUCUUAACUGAUGAGGAACAAGAAUUCAUGGACAGUCCUAUCACCCCAGAGGAAAUAGUUAUGGUCCUCAAAAACUUGAAACCACACAAAGCCCCAGGCCCAGAUGGCUUCACAGCAGAAUUGUAUAGGAAAUUCAAAGAACCCCUGAUGCCCUACAUGACCCGCCUAUUCAAUGACAUCAUGAAAGGGGGGCCCAUCCCCCAAACCUGGACCCACUCCAAAAUAGUCUCCAUCCCAAAACCAAUAAAAGAGGAAAAAAUACAGCAAACCAGAAAAUACAGCAGAUACAGCAAACAAGACAUCAAAAAAGUUUUGAGGCAACAAGAAAUAAGAUUAAUAUUUUUGUUCAAAACAUUACAGCUGGUGGGAUUUAAUUCUGAAUUUGAUCUCUCUGUGUUUAUUUGACCAUAGUUAUGGGCACUGAUAUCUGUAUGUGAAACACAUGUGAUGUAAGUAUUGUCAGCAUCUACCUCAUCCUUUCCUUCAUCCUCUCCUAUACCUCCUCAUUUUUCACUAACGUUAAACACCUGUUGAGCAAUCAGUAAUGAAAGAGUGUAUUUAUAUCCAGACCCAAACAGGGUAACCUUGCUAAGCAAAUCACUCUCUAAAGCUUAAGCCAAGAAAUAGUAUUCUCUAUGAAAUGUAAGUAUAUUUGUAUAAUUUUUUGUAGUAAGUCUGAUUUCACGUAUAAUGGAUAUGUAUUUUUGAUUUAAUUGAUUAUUUAGAAGAGCAUUAAGUUAUUUCUGAUAAGAUUUGGUUUUAAUUAUUAUUAGUGAAUAUCAAUAUAUGUAUCAAGGCUUUGAGAUUAGACCACUGAAGAAGCCCGGAAAACUACCUUGGGAGUGUGCUACCUGAAAGCCCCAGUAAAAGGGCCCCAUUGGGGGCGAACAGUAGCCUCUUGAUUACUUGGACCGCCAGGGCGAAACAGGUGCAAAACGCCGGCACCCUGUCUACAACUUCAUUAACAUCUAUCUACAACUUCACUAGCAUCUCUCGGUAUUGUGAAAAACACCGAACUUACCUUUUGUUGGUAUCUUCAUGAUCUUACCUAAAAAGAUAGAAACAAAAGACUGAGUUAAGCACUUGGAAAAUCCAUUGAAAUCAUAUAAGUUCAUCUUAGGUUGGGUAGUUCGGAAGUCUCUGUG